UUUAUUAGAAAUAAUAUUAUUAAAAAUGAAAUAGCUUUAAAAAAUACAAUAGCUACAUAGAAAAAUACUAAAGGAAUAGAUAGAUCAAUUUAUAUAGAAAAUUAAUUAAUUAAAUAAGAAUUAAUCAGACUUUGGAAAAAAGCUUAUUAAAAAAGGAAAAAAUUUAUUCAUUUUUUAAUAAAAAUAAAUAAAUAAAUUAAAGAAUACAAUUACAAAAUGAAAGGAGCAAAUACUUAAAAAAACUCUCCUGUGAAGAGUAAAAUAAUAUAAAAUCUUUAGAGUUCAAAAAUUUAAAUAAUCGAAAAGUACUUCUCGAUCUCCAAACUAAAUUCUAUGGAGAUAAAGAAUUAUUGGAUUUUACAAUUAAUUUAACAAAAGUUUCCAAAGAUAUCAGAUAUUUGGUUUGGAAGAUAUAAGGUGAUUUUACAGAUGAUGGAUAAGCUAGCUCUAUUGGUAAUUUCAUAGGUAAACUAGUUAACACAUAUAGAUUAGAAAUAAUAAUUGAUUCACCCUAUUUUGCAGAUAACGGAGCUGUUUUUUUGUCAAAAGGCUUUAGUAAAUUAAAGAAUUUACAUAUCCUGA